AUGAUUUUACGGCUACGGGGAGAAGCGCCAUUAAAGGGUCACAAUUUGAUACUUUAAAUAAUCUUCAGGAUAGUUCCGGUUUACCGAAGCUUGUAAAGUACGUCGAAUUACGUUUGCAGCGCACACCUUUCUUUAACUUUACAACAGCGUUUCUACGGCUGUGCCACAACGGCAAUCACUGUCUACCUACUAGUUAACUUCUGGUGAUCAAUUAAACCUCGCCAAGUGAGCAGAGUGAAUUCAAAGCACGAGAUCGUAAAAGAAAACAGGAAGCACUCUGAGAGAUUUUCAUCCAAGUGGCUAUUGCCGACUGAAGUACCUUGGUGCAAUAAUGAGGUGCCAUAACUUUAAAUGCAGCCACAACAAUCGUCUCUCUAUAGCAAUUAUACAGUUUACUCUACUGGCUUCCAGCUACCUCAGCCAACCGUUACCUCAAACUGUGCAUCCCUUGAACAAGAGAUCCCCCUUCACUGCUUUGUGGAAUGCACCCACUGAACUAUGUGACAGUAGAUUUGGUAUAACAAUAGAUUUGAGCCUGUUUGAAGUUGUUGGCAGCCCCUUAGAAUCUGCUAAAGGACAACCAAUCUCAAUAUUCUACCACAACAGACUUGGUUAUUAUCCAUAUUAUGAUGAGUUGACUAACGAAGCAUUUAAUGGUGGCUUACCUCAGCUGGUGUCUUUACACCAUCACCUAUUAAAGACAAAGGAAGAUUUUCAGCAUUAUAUCCCUUCAGAUGCAAAUCCUGGACUAGCAGUGAUAAACUGGGAAAACUGGAGACCACAGUGGAUAAGAAAUUGGGACCAGAAAGAUAUUUACAGAAUAAAAUCUAUCGAGCUGGUUAUGGAACAAAAUCAGUUAAUGAACAUGAAAGAUGCAACUGAGAUUGCCAAGAAUGAAUUUGAAGAACAUGCAAGAAAAUUAAUGUUAGCAACUUUAAAGUUGGGUAAAUCAUUAAGACCAAAUCACCUAUGGGGAUAUUAUUUGUACCCAGAGUGUUAUAAUUACAACUACAAGGAUUCAUUUGUUAACUACACAGGGAGAUGCCCUGAUAUUGAAAUAGCAAGAAAUAAUGAACUUCUCUGGCUUUGGAAUGAAAGCACAGCACUUUUUCCAUCCAUCUAUCUGCAGACAACUCUACGAGAUUCAGUGGCUGCUGCUAAGUUUGUACGUCACCGUAUCGAGGAAGCAAAGCGUGUGGCAGAACUUUCUGCCCAGGACUACUCUCCUCCUGUGUAUGUUUACACCCGGCCUGUGUUCACUGAUUCACCCAUGGAAUAUCUAUCUGAGAUUGAUCUUCUCCACACUAUUGGGGAAAGUGCUGCUCUGGGAACAGCUGGGUUUGUUGUAUGGGGCAGUUUGAAUAUGACAGAAACAAGGCUGGUGUGUUUGACCGUUGAUAACUACGUUAAAGAAGUCCUGAAUCCUUACAUUGUUAAUGUGACAUCUGCAGCCAAGCUCUGCAGUAAAAUACUGUGCCACAACAAAGGGCGGUGUGUGCGGAAGGCGUGGGACUCUGCUCAUUACCUGCAUUUGAACCCGGCAAGCUUCAGAAUAAGGAGAACCAACAAAGGAUAUAUAGUUAUCGGACAAGCUUCCUUUGAAGAUAUAAUCUUCUUCACUGAAAAUUUUAUUUGCCAGUGCUAUGCAGGGCAGAAUUGUGAAUCUGUUGGUGACAUAGAGAACUAUAUCACUGAAUUGGACACCUGUGUUAAUCCAGAAUAUUGCAUCAAUCUGAAUACCUACAUAGAAAUGCCCACCAAGUCACAAAUUACAAACCUAAUGUCGACUAUGUCUUCCCCAAAUUCUGUUUUUUCUAUCAAUGGCAAUGUUGGCUCACUAGUUUGUACAGCUAUUAUUGCAUCCUAUGUAGUGCAUCAAAUGCUAUUUUGAUGAAAAUACCUGUACUCUAUAACUCUCUAAAACAUCUUUCAUUUGUUUAGUAACUGCAGCACGACAGGGAUUUUACUUGAAGCGUUGCCUGUUGCGUUUCAGUUAACUUACCACUGUGAAUGUUUCAGUGCUUGGAUUGAACAGUAUACUGAAUCCUCCAAUGAUUGAUCAGCCACUUAUUUAAAUAUUUCAGUGCUUGACUCUGUCUCUGAAUGCUUGAUUUUGAAUAGACUCUGUUACUGAUGUUUGUUUGUUUCUGUCAGGUAGAGUUUGCUCGUGUUCAUGUGGUAUACAGAAGUAAUUGUGGACGAAUCAAAAAUAAUAUGGCCUGUCUGUGGCAAAAACUGUCAAUUAAUGUUUGAAUUAUAGGCCACAGAAUUUGUU